AUGGCUGAACCGAAACAUUUGGCUACGGCGGUAUCCACUGCCGCUUCGCCGGCCGGAAACUUACCGCUGUCUCUGUCCACCGGGCUCGAGUUGAUCAGCGGCGUGACGCUCCGUUUCCUGGCCAGUGACUGUGAUUUGAGCGGUGCUUUCCGGUUAGGUACGGUGUCCGGCGACGACAACAACGACGCGACCGCUGCGGUCGUGGCGCUUGUGGGCGACCGAUCCGAAUGUGGUGACGCCUGCUGCGGUUUUUCCGGCGAUCUGCUCUCGGGAGACGGUCCGCGGUCGGAAUCUCCGGUCGACGGUACUAACGGCCGGUCGACCGUUUGCUGCGACGCGUACGUGGCCGACGAACCGCUACGCCCGUUUUAG